AUGAAAUCAUUUAUGGGUGGCCAGAACUUCAACGAAGAUGAUGAUGUGAAAAAGGCUGUUAGCGCAUGGUUACAAUCACAGGCGUUAUCUUUCUAUGAUGAAGGGAUACAAAAAUUAGUACCUCGAUAUGAUAAGUGCUUAAACAAUGGUGGUAACUAUGUUGAAAAAUAAAGUAAUACAUGUAUUUUAUAUUCAAAUAAAAUUUAUAUUAAAAUUUACACAUUUACAUGUUUUUAUUGCCCAACGGAACUUACUUUCUGGACGUACCUCGUAUUAAAGAAUUCUGUAUCUAAGUGAAAAUUGCUAUUUUAAUUUCCAUUAUUUGCUUUUAAUUUUUAGUGUUGACGUUAUUUAUAAUACAUGUCUAUAUACCAUCUUGUAUAAAAAAAUUCCAAAGAGCGGAUUACGCAUAUAUAAUAUUAUAACGUUCUUUAUAAUACAUUUAUAUACUAUCUUAUAGGACAGAGAAAAUGCCGCAAUAGUCAAGUUAAAAUAAACAUUUAACUUCGGAAUAAUUCACAUAGAGCUGAAAAUUGGUACACACCUUAAGUACCUCAUCACAAAUAAAAUCUCCUAAGUCCCUAUCGAUCCUACCACUGCUUUAAAUUUGUAUUCAAGGUCAAAGGUCACAAAAACCGUUUUUUUUCAUUUAUCUCUUAAACUUGAAGUGUUUUCGUAAAAAUAGUUUAGACAAAAUUUGUAGAUAGAGUAAUUUUUAAAAAAAAAAUUAUAUCUACUUUUUUACCUAAAAAUAAUAAUUCAUGAGUUAAGGUCCACAUACACUGAAGCGGUUAUGGUAAAAUAAAAUUGGACACAAUUUUACCGCCACCGCUACAGUGUGUGACAACCUUCAUCAUGAUUUCAAAAACUAUGAAUUCUCAAUUACAAUUACAAUUGUAGUUGUAAGAAAGUCGAAUUGUUUUGUUCAAUUGUAUGUAGUAAUUGUCAAGGUCAGUCUUGCUCUAAUGUUGAAUCAAAUUCAAUAGAUUAUAAAGAAUUUAUCAACGAAGAGGUGUUUAAUUUAUCACUUUUCGUAGAGCAACUUAUCGAAAUUCAGCUACAAGAGAACGAAGAAAAUGAAAAAGAACAAAGUAAUAUCAUUGUCGAAGAAGUGUUUAAAGAUUAUUAUUAA